AUGGAGCGUGUCACGAUGUUCGUAGAGAUGGUGUUUCUCGCGGAGUUCUGCGUUUGCCUCGGCAAGGGCAGUCCCCUCCUGAGCUCUCCACAGAGUCUCUUCAAGGAGUUACCCAAGGGCUGGGUCGCACCUCAAGACGUGGCGCAUGAGUAUUUCCAUAUCUUGGGGAAGACGCCAGAGGGGCGGCGCUUGGCCCCUUUGGUCUCAGGCUUGACCGAGCACAAUGUCAUGGUUGGUUCCUUGAAACGCAUGUACAAGAUCUACAUCCAGAACCCUGACACAUCCAUACAGCAGCAGGGGCUUAUCAUGAUGUUGCACGGUAUGGGCCAACCUAUCGACAGCUUUUGGUAUACGGGCGACUACCGAAGCAAUACUGCGAAGCUGGGCUGGGUAUCGGUUUUUCCGCAGGGUUGGACGGCUGACGAGGGGGGCAGUGACCGAAGUUGGUACUCAGGGUGGUGCUGCCAUACAGACAAUGCAGUGGUGGACGACAAAUCCUUCAUCAAGGAAGUGAUGGCAAUCAUCCGGAACACCUUUCAGCUGGACAUCCCGGAGGGAAGGACAUUUCUCUCCGGCUACAGUGCAGGUUGUUACCUCGCAUUUGCCAUCUCCUGUGAUCCAACGACAGCCACCGACUUCGACGCGUACGGUGGUUUGGCUUGCGUGUGGCAAUCCGAUCGCAACAGGGAGUACUACGACUCCUGCGCCCCCACGAAACCCUUCUUCUACGCAACGAUGACCGAGGACGCCUAUACCGUUCAAGCGGAUGCGACGUGGACGAGGUAUACCACGCGGCUGCAGUGCCCAGGAGAGGCGAAGCAGUCUUUCAGCUCAGGCAUUGUCACAUGCUUCGACAAGAUAAAUUGCGGUGCCACUUUGGUAAGCACGCGGCAUUGCAAGCUGCAGGGUUUACCUCACCACCCCAUGCCUUUUGCGAGCAACGAAGCCGGUUGGGAAUUUUCCUUGGAACAGUGGAAUUGGUGGACAGACGUUGUUGAAGCUAACGUCACUGGGCUUGUCGACCCCAACACCGCACCAACGAAGUCGCUGUUUCUUUGCUUUUUCCUGGCUGCACUUUCACUUCAUAUGGUGAUUUGA